AUUCAUGUAAACAGUGUGUGCGUGUGUGUGUGUGAGAGAGAGAGAGAGAGAGAGAGAGGGAGAGACUGUUGAGAAACCAUAGGAGGUGGGAUUUUAAAACAUUUAAUAAUCUCAUUUGAACUCUGAGAGACAGAGACACUAAACCAGAGGUGGACCAUGGGGAGUCCUGCGACUGUUGAUCACUACAAGGCCGGCAUGGUGCUGAGCGGCGUGGGUGACGCUCUCGGCUUCAAGUGGGAGUUUGUGUAUUCCGGACUACAAAUCGAAAAGGACGUUCAUAGGUUCGGGGGAGUUAAGAACAUUACUGUUAGCCUUCCUGAUUGGCCAGUCAGUGAUGACACAGUGCUUCACUUGGCGACCGGUGAAGCUUUAGCCACAGGUAAGGAAGGUGAGGAGCUUCUGCAUGAGGUGGCUUUCCAUUACAUAGAGGGUAUGAAGGACAUGUCUGGAAGGGCUCCAGGAGGGGCAACCAUCAAUGGUGUGGAUCAAUUGAAACCAAAAGCUAAAGGAGGCUACAGAAUCGCUUAUAACAGAACAAGUGGCGGAUGUGGAGCUGCCAUGAGGGCUAUGUGCAUCGGUCUGAGAUACCCUCGACCAGAGCAGCUCUCCUCACUGGUUGCCGUUGCCGUGGAGACUGGAAGAAUGACCCACACACAUCCGACCGGAUUCCUCGGUGCUGUUGCUUCUGCGUUGUUCGCAGCCUAUGCCAUCCAGCGCCGUCCAAUCACAACCUGGGGGCUGGGUUUAGUAAAGGAGGCGUGUCCAGUCGCGAAGGAGUUUGUGAAGUCAGCGGGAUAUGCCGUUCCUGAAACAGAGAGAGACUGGGGAUACUUUACUGAGAAAUGGGAAAAGUAUCUAGAAUUGAGGGGUUUGUCAUCAGGAACUGGUCCUGUGGUCUUUCCUGAGGUUUACACAACUGCUGAACGCGACGAAGCAUACAAAAGCUUUAGCUGGUCUGGAUGGGGGGGGAGCAGUGGUCACGAUGCACCCAUGAUUGCUCUGGAUGCCCUCCUGGGGGCGGGGUCAGACUGGGAGGAGCUAUUGAGCCGAGGAGCAUUUCAUGGAGGAGACAGCGACAGCACGGCGGUCAUAGCCUGUUGUUGUUGGGGUCUGAUGUACGGGAUGAACGGAGUGCCCAAGUGUAACUACACUAAACUGGAGUACAGGGACCGGCUGGAGAAGUGUGCCGAGAAACUUUACACGUUAUCAAACUAAAUACUUCAGUUCAAUUCAUUGUAGCUUUAAAGGCAAAUUAGCUGCUUCCAGCCAUGCCCCUUUGUGGAAGUGCAUUUUUCUCAAAUGCCAAAAUAUGGGAAAACAAACUUCCAUGAAAAUGGGUGCUAAACAAAAUACCUUUAACUUUAGCCACGUGCAGGCUUUUUAUGCUUUUAGAUAUUUGCCACCAAUUAUCAUGCAUUUCACAAGAACCAAAAAGGGCUUUAAGUACGAACAUACAUGCAUUUCAUAAGAAACAUAUUUACACAUUGAAAGUUUCCAAAGAUACACUUGAGAAUGUGCUUUUUAGUGCUAAGUAAAAUUUAAUAAAAUAUGCUCAAAAUACACUCAGAAAUACUAUAUAAACGUAUGCAGAAUGCAUAUUGAGAGACAUUUUAAUCACAUAAAUAAAAGAUUACAUGACACAUGA